AGAAGGGAGAAAGAAAAGCAGUCGAGCAGCGGUAGCCGGUAGGCGAGAGAGUCAGGAUUCAGGACGCGGCGAGGCCACCAUGAGCACUCUCAAGUUCUGCCGGGAAUGCAACAACAUGCUGUACCCGCGGGAGGACAAGGAGACGCGCACCCUCCUGUACGCGUGCCAAACGUGCGAGCAUGAGGAGAUUGCCACUGAUACUUGUGUGUACAAAAGGGUUAUCCGUAAGCCUGGUGGUGAGCCCAAAGAUGUCCUGAAGGAUGCAGCAACUGAUCCUAGCCUGCCUCGCACCAGAAGCGUCAGAUGUUACAACUGCAACCAUCCAGAAGCUGCCUUUUUUCAGGCCCCGACUAAGGGAGAACAAGCCAUGACGCUGUACUUCAUCUGCUGCAACCCAAGCUGCGGGCACAGGUGGAGGGACUGAGAAGGAUCUGGCUUGGUCUUCGCUGCAAACCUGCCGUAUUGUUAGCCUAGGUACAAGUUGUGCCGUCAACUGACGUUUGCUGCAAGCUUAUAAGCUACUAUAACCUCGUAACAAAACGAUGGUUUGGCUGGAGACGAAAUCUGUUGUUCCUCAUGAUAAGAAACAGAAACAGCUAUGAACUA